ACGGGAACUUAACGCUGGCUGUGGGGCCUGGAGCUGCGAACAACCUCCUGGGCGUGAUGGGAAUCUCUAAGGAGUCGAAAUCAAGGAGGUAUGGCUGCAUCCUUGACUACCUCCAGAAGACACGUUACUGACGAUGGAAGCUGCCUGUACUGUGGUGACAGUGUGAGAUGUUUUAACUGUGACCCAGGGGCUUCAUAUUGACAUCAAACAGGCCCAGUGAUUGACACUGACACUGAACUUCUGUCACUCUCUGAUAGAGAGACUCUUCUGAACUAACACUUGCUGGAAUCGUGUUGCUUCAGGGACAAGAGUCACCCUCCCAUACUGCGACCCAUCGCAAUGAACUGACUCUACUACAGGGCCAAGCUGCUGCAGAUACACAGUGGACAGCACUGCCUCAGCCACUCCACUCCUCUUCUGUGAAAACAGACCCCUCUCAGAUGGAGAGGUUUCUAUACAGUUUGCCUCAUUAAUUGCCCAAAAAGGUGAUGUCUGCAUAGACCAAGUUUCAAGGAAGCCAAUACCCAAGUGUGGCUGCUUGCUGGUGCCUCUCAUUCCAUCCAGCAGUUAGUCUGCUAAGCCUAAUGCAGACCACAACCAUUCCUCUUCAGUCAAGGACUCUGCAGUCAGAGGAAGCAAAGUCAAAUCACACUGUGAGCAGUGGAAGCCCUUGCUGGUACAAUUGAAGGAGGCAGAAUGAAUGUAUGUUCUUAGGGAAUAAUUUUUAUAAAGGUAACUGGAAGCCUUAUGUUCAGUUCAGCACAUCAGUUUCCUAAAUUACACAAUAUAUUUUCAGAAUAGCCUAAAAAGCUUGAAAGAAACCAGUGUAGAAGCUUAGAGCCCUAUUUCUCCUACCUAGCUCUAACUCAUCCUGGCAAAAUGGGCUCUGCACCACAGCAUUGAAACAUAACCUUGGGGACCCAUCACUGAGAAGAAACAAGAGCACUGUGUAGCUCACAGCCUCCUCUCCAUGUGAGCCAUUAGAAAGGAAAUCAGAACAUGAGUUUUUACAGGUUUGCAAAGUGUCCAGUGCCUUGCUUUCUCUUAGGUCUCCAUACUUCAGGAACAAGGAAAGCAGACUACAAGGGCUGGGGAGCCUUGCAGAAGGAGAGAGGCCACAGUAACUUCUACAGCUUCUUUCCUACAACUCUCAGAGGUAGUUGGCUGAUUACAAAAGGUGAAAAGUGAGAGACAGCAUGGCAGAACAGAUUUGUAAAAUGCACUCAAUAAUAAUGAACAAUAAUCAAAUAGCGGCUGCUGCUAAGGGAGGGCAGGGUCCUCCUGUGAAUUCCUGGACUUCCUCCUAAAGAAGCCACCAGACGGCAGUGUAAUUGUUAGGCAGUGUAAUUGUUAGGCAGUGGCUGCUGCUAGGCUUGUGGUUUUUCAGUCUAUGACAUGACUCAUGAGGAAGACUUCAGUCUGUGGCAUGACUUCCCUGUGCCAUGAGAAGUUAUGUGGACUGUUGGCACACACUCCAGUGGUGGUGGAACAAUGGGUCAUGGCCAGGAAAAUCCGUUGCCACUCAUGAGCCAGACCCACUUCUGGGGAGCAGUGAAAUGAGCCCACUGAAGGUGGUGGAAUUGUCCAGCCAGCCAUGCAAUCACAGCACAUAUUAUUCCCAGACCUUGGCUACCACCUGUGCUUGGGGCAUGGGGAGCUUCACCUCCAAGAACUUGUACCCACAAGCAACAUCCCCUGAGAGCUACAUGCUGGAGCUCUACCUGACCUCUACCUAAUACUAGAUUUUGGGCACAAGCCUUGUUUGGUAUAAUCCUGGGAUUCUGCUGUAAAUGCUUGCCCUGGCAAUAUAUGCAUCACCACCCACAGGUCUUGGACCACCACACUGGGCUCUCUCCCCCAUUCCAGCAGCCAGUAGGAUCUGGGCUCUCAUUGCUCUGGGUCACAGAGAUUAUUCUGGGACUCAGGCGGGAAUAAUGCAUUCACUAGUGAUGUUAAGACUCCUGUGACCUGCAUCCUAAACCACUUCUGGUAGGAGGCUCCAUCAGCAGCUGCCUGUUGGGAAAGGAAGAAAUCCUCACAGAAGUGAUGGGGAGUAGGUGAUUUCAGAUAGAGCUCCAAGUGGAGAAGAUUGCUGGGAUGUGCUCUGUAGCCUCCCCUCAGCAGCAGGACUGUCACCCUAUUAGCCAAAGCCAGAUUGUUGAGCUGUCCUCCAGGUCCCUCAUACCUUCUCUAGCAAUGCUACUCACCCCUCUAAAAAAGCAGCCCAAUAUCUUACAAGACUGUGCAUCUCCCCCAGCACAGCCUGGGAAACCCCCCAGGGGGAGGGCCCUAUGCAGGAUGCACAGCAGAAUUUGGAUGGCUCACAGAAUUCAUUUUGCUGCAUCUACUUCUAGUAAGUGCCACAGGCCACUGCAGUGGAAUUGCUGCUCGUGGAGGACCAAACUAGACUCCACCUGAAAAGGUGCUGAGGUGUUUGCUGUGCUACACUGGACUGGUGGAUGGAUUUGCUCUUAAGUAAAGCUGUGCAAAAACUGGAAAGUGCUGCAUCAGAGCUUUUGAAUUUGGACCACUUCCAGUCCUGACAUUCAGAAACUCAUCCCUAUGGGUGGCAAAGACAAAGAGGCUGGAUGCAAAGGAGGAAGCAUGGUAAAGGCAGCACCUUUCCAGGAUUCAUGGGCUCUUUGAGAGAUGAUCAGAGGGAGGCCAGAUGACCUGCACAACACACACACCACUGUUUCUCGUCUGCAAAGGCGGCAUCGGAGCGUUCUCCCCAGCCCCGCGCCACCCGGCUUGCCCGAUCGUUUCCGGAUGUUUCGCAGCUGUGAGUGGGAAGUCCUGGAGCGAUCCCUCAAUAUCCUCCAGGCCAGUGACUUCUACUGGGGCCCCUUGUCUGUGGGGGAGGCUCAUGCCAAGCUCCAGCAGGAACCUGUAGGCACCUACUUGGUGCGGGACAGCUCGCAGGGGAACUGCUUGUUCAGCCUGAGCGUGCGGAUGCCCGCGGGGCCCGUCAGCCUUCGAAUCUCUUUCCAGGAGGGCUAUUUCCGCCUCAAGAACUGGUUUUCAGACUGUGUGGUCCGGCUGCUGGAGCUGGUGGUGGCAGGGACCCGGAACAACCCCUUGCACUUUGAUGAGAUGGGGGGAACUCCCCUGAUCUUCUCUGAGCCCUUGUGCCGGAGCCGCCGGGCAGUGCCCACGCUGCGGGAAUUGUGCUGCCGGAGCCUCCCUGCUGGUGCCACGACGGAGGACAGAGCAGGGCUGGGGGGCUCCUUGGGAAUGUGUCUGAGGGAAGAGGUGUUCUCACCCCUGGAUGGAAGGGGAGGGUCAGAGGGGAGUGUUGGCCCCAGCCCCUCUCUGUCUUGGGCUAGGAGAUGAUGCCAUGCAUAUGGGAGAUGAAAGGAGAUGCCUCUUUUAUGGCUGUGCUGGUGGGAUUUGUGCCACACCAGUGAUGCUGAACUGGCUGCUGGGAGAGGAAGAGGGAGGGCAGAGGGAACGGAGCUUGAACCCAGUGGCUGUCACAGAUGUGUCCUCAUACAUACACAGUGAGUGUGACUUUCCCAGACAUGCCUGGGGUAAAGCCAGACCUAAAAAGCAGGCAUUGCCACUGCUGCCAAGUCUUGCUCUUUCUCCAUUUAUAACUUAAAAGCUUCAGAAAAAGGUGAGUUGCCUGUCCUCCCAGGUCAGCCCUGUGUUCUCUUGUAUCCCAAAGUGCUUGAGCUCAUUUCUGCCUCAAGUCUGCCCUGGUGGAGUGCAGCUGAGUCCAGUCCCACAGCAGUGCAGCUUGGACAUCGAUGGGCACGACCCUUGUGCUGACCCACGAAGCUGUGGUGGAGCAAGAGCACGUUUCACUCCUUGCAGCACGAAUGUGAUGCCUGUUACUUCAGAGGCCGGUGUUUGCACCAAGUGAAAACAUUGCAGCCAUGUACAAUACAUGCAGCUUCACUGGCUUUUGCAUUGCUUUAUUUGAUUGGAUUUUUGAGAGUGAAGAUGGGGUUAUGUGUACUUAAGGGCAUGGCAUUCCUGCAGAGAUAACCCUGGUCUGGAGAGUUGUAUCUGCCCUGGGAGGGUGUGAAGAGAUGGGAUCCUGCACCCUUUCUUAAGCUCAUAUGAUAGUGUGCUGCUGCCAUCUGUCGAGCAUCAGAAGAUGUUUUGGUUUUGCCUCUGAAAGGCAAGGAAUUUUUUAUAUAAAACUUCUAAAACUUUAAUAAAAUUUUUAUAUUGAUUU